AUGUUUGAUGUGCAAGCUAUCAAUCUUCAUGAGUUCCAAGUGUUGGCAGGAUCAAGUAAUUAUGUGGUUGAUUUUCUGCAUAAGACAUGUACUUGUCGUGUGUUUGAUGUUGACAAGAUACCAUGUCAACAUGCCAUUGCUGUUGCAAAGAAAACAGGAGUGGAUCCACAGUUGCUUGCUGAUCCUUACUACACAAAGCCGUACUGGUUUUCGGCUUACUCAGAGAGCAUAAAACCUGCUGAAGAGCUGCCUGAGUUGAGCGCUGAUAACAUUGGUCAGAUAUGUUUGCCUCCGGAUACACAUGUAGGAGUCCAGGAAGUACGAAAAGAGGAGAUACCAAGGAAUUGA